AUGUUUCCAGGACUUGUCUCUAUUUCCACCACGGAAGCUUGUCCAGCAAUUGUGCCUUAUUCACAGGCUGUCGUUGCCGGACCGUACGUUUUUCUUUCUGAUCAGAUCCCUAUCGAUUCGGACGGCGAGCCUCUUGAAGGAAGCAUUGCGGAUAAAACACAUGCCUGUUGCAAGAGCGUCAAGGCUGCAUUAGCAGCUGCAGGGAGUGACAUCAGUCGUGUGGCCAAGGUCACGGUCUUCCUAGAUGACAUGAAGAACUUCGCCGAGUUCAACACGGUUUACCAGACUUAUUUCACGCAUCGACCAGCUAGAAGUUGCGUUGCUGUCAAAACUCUGCCAAAGAAUCUAGAGGUGGAGAUAGAGUGUAUUGCCUUGGUAAAUAUCGGUUCUCGCCUUUAA